AUGUUCUCAGAGAAGAGAAACCCCGAAGACGAGCUCAAGGCUUUCGUUGCGGAGGACCCCGAGUCGCGAUACACGUUCAGCAGCCCCGCGCGGGACGCGCCCGAGACGGAGAUAUGCAGGGAAGGCAAAGACAAGGGACGGAAGUGCAUCUCGCUGCACAUGCACUCGACCAAGAUGUUCGCGGCCAUGCAGGCUCAGGGAUUCUUCUGUGCUCUGCCGAUCGACCCUACGCGGACAGAAAUAGAGUGCAGACGGAUACCCGAGACAUGA